AGUGCAGUGGGCGCAGCGCAGUGAAAUGACGUGUCGCCAGUACAAAUACAAAAUAAUGUGUUCAUUUCUCUACCGUUGCUGCUUCAUGUAAAUCAGUACCUCCAUCCCAAGAAUACAUGGAAGCAAGUUCCGGGUGCUGGUGAUCUAGUUUUGCAAGAAGAAGGCUGAUGUGACUUUUCAGCGUUGUUUCCAGAACUGGAGUCCGACUCGAUCUAACUAUAAACUUCUCAGAGUAGGCUAGAGAGAGCUGCUGGAGGUCGACAGUCUGGCAGGGCAGUGUAGAUGAAGUUUACGUAAACACUAAACAAGAGGUGACGUCUAGAAGGAACGGCAGCAUCAGAGGCCUUCUUUCUGAUCUUGAUCCUUACUCUUUCGGCCAUUGGAUAGAUGAUAUAAACAAGAAGGAACUAUCUUCUAACAUUCAGAGGUCCCAGUCCCGUUUCACUCUUAGUCCAAAGUUCCAACUCCCAUCAUCACCAUGAAGUUAUUCAGUAUCAUGGUACUCUAUAAAGGUGCCACGAAAGUGACCAUACUGAAGUCAGCAAGCGAUUUGUCUUCUUUCGGUUACUUCCAGAGAUCAAGUGUUCAAGAAUUUAUGAACUUCACAAGCAAAAUUGUUGUAGAAAGAACACAACAGAAGUUGCGGUCGUCUGUGAAAGAGAAAGAUUACAUUUUCCAUGUGAUGUGUAGAGAGAGCAACCUGGCAGGAGUGAUCAUCUCAGAUUCAGAUUAUCCACCACGCGUCUCAUUCACACUGUUGAAUAAGGUACUAGAGGAGUUUUCAAAUGCUGUGUCACCAUCAACUUGGCCAACACUCUCAGAAAAUUCCGCAGGUUAUCAAGGACUUGAACCAUAUCUAGUAAAAUAUCAGAAUCCAUCAGAAUCAGAUCCAAUGAUGAGGAUUCAAAAGGACCUAGAUGAAACCAAAUUUAUAAUGCACGAUACGAUAGAAUCGAUGUUAAACCGAGGAGAGAAGCUAGAUGAUCUUGUAGCAAAGUCAGAUGACCUGAGCGCCCAAUCAAAAACAUUCUACAAGACGGCACGGAAAACAAACUCCUGCUGUGUUUUACAGUAAAGAAUAUAUCUCUGUCAUCUGCACCUUGUAAGCACUCAUCGUAAUGGAUUUUGGACUUAUUCAGCCAUGUAGUAAAAAGCAUGAGUUGUAUCCCUAUCGUCGGGUUCUGAAUGUGACGGCAGAAAUAAUGAAUGGACGUUAAUCAAGAAAAAUGAAACUGUUGAUGAUGAUGAUCUCGGGCGGAGCGCUUGAUGAGAGAAUCGGAUGAUAGUAAUGAAAAUGCGUUCUUACCUGACUUUUGUGAAAGCAAGUACAUUCUUGUACAGUUUAGAUAAGCAGCCAGUGGACCUACAGCUUUAACGUCCCAUCUGAGAGACUUGUAAGACUAGGAUUAAUGUCCUACCAGAUGGCAGCAGUAGCACAUUGACCCUCGACCUCCCGGUAUCAACACCACAGCUCAAGCACCGAGGUUUAACACCAAAAUCAAAAUCUUGUAAAAUGAAGAAUACCUUGUAUUAAGCAACGGGAGGAACAUUGUCUUCUUCUGGCCAGGAUGUACACUAAGGAAUUUGAGACUGUGUUCACACGAGAAUGGUCAUUAUAAUUCUAAUCCCAUUUGCUACAUCCAUCCGAGGUGGGAUAUCUGUGUGAUAAAGCUUGGCUAUCCAAAAUGGAGUCAUAUUAUUGUUAUCUUUAUUAUCUCUCUCACAUGGUGCACCCACAAGCCUACUGUAUAUCUUUAUUAUUGUUGCAAAUUCAAUGCAUGAACGUGGAGAAAAUUUAUCAUUGCUGUGGAUAUCAGUGUUUGUAAUGCAAUUAAUGAUAACUCCUGGAAUAGCCUAUGUGAAGUAAAUUUCAUGUGUUAAUGCAAUGAAAAUGUGUUGGACCUUGAGAAAAGGGUUUUAUCACAGUGAGUGGUUCACUUUUUAUUGUGUCAGGGAACAUUAAACCACCAGAGCCAGAAAGGCAUUCCUCUUUUUAUUGUAAAGUUAUGAAGUUAAUACUCAUCUUUCUCUCGGCAAGCGAUAUGUUAGAAAGCGAUGGCCAGCGGUCGGAUUGUUUAUUUUGUCUGUUUGGAGUCAGAAUGGCGUUAACCCUUUAUGAAAUGAGGAGUUAAUGCCCUUCUGGCUCCAAACAGACAUAUUGAUAACAGUAUGGGGCUAUUGAAGGGCUGCAGCAUACAGCUUUGCAUUGAUAUAAUUUCAGAAUGCCAAUCAUGAAAGGGAAAUAAACAAUUGAAAUAGGCAAAUAUGAUGUUAUCAUGAUCAAUAGGGCCCCAUAAAAAUUGUGCGAGAUCAACCGGAAAGUUGCAAUUGAAUUGCCUGAUUAAUAUCAAACUAAAGUUGAAUAGCGAUGUAUUUAGAUUAAUGACCAUGUCCAAAGCAAUACACUAUGAUGUUGAAUGUCCAAUUUGCUGAAGAUCUGGGCACCAUUUCACCAAACCUUGUAAGUACAAGUUCACCAAUAUCACCAAUGUGGAUAAAUCCCGGCCCACCUAUUCCGUGAACGGAGGGAUACCAUGCGUGUUCCCAAACUCUCCAGCUCGUAACAAAAGAAAAAGAUCUACCCAUAUUGACUUAACACACCAGACUUUUGCUGAAAAUGGGGGACGCUGGGAACACGCAUAUGCGUACCCUAAAUAACACUGAGUGGGGGGCCGGGGGAUAAACUUUUACUUACGACGGGUUUAUGAAACGCUGCCCUUGGUUACUAUUAUCAAGCUGAUAUCACUUUGUGUGACCUGAAAUGCCUCAUUCCUUGUGUAGGUUAUCUGAUGGUAUUUAGAUUUGUUGCAACCGUACAAGAUAGUAAAAUACAAUCUUGAUGCUGAAUUAGAUAUGUGGCUAGUUAGAAUCAUUAUCACCAUGACAGUUGUUAUAAUCUUGAAUUUACACUGUUGGUACACUAAGUUUGUAUGAUGUGUUACAGCUAUCACAUGUGUUUGGGUACCGAUACUUGGUUUACACUGUUUCAUAUAGUUUCAGAGCAGUUUAGUGUUAAAUCAUUUUUUUUUCUCUGUUAUAUGAAAAUGGUAGAUUGUGUUUGCUCCUCCUUUCACCCAUAAAAUGCUUUGCAUUAAGAAAAUUGGAGUUCAAAACUAAUUUUGAAGUGUCAAGUUUUUCUGCAACGAAAAGUUUGACUGGACAUGUCUCCUUGUUAUGCAGAAACAUACUCAGAAUUCAGACAGAUAGUUAAGAGUUUAAAGUUUACCAAUCACCUAAAAAAUAUAAUUUUUGUAUAAGUAGAAUGUAUAAAGUCAACCCCCCCCCCCCCCCCCCAUAAAAAAAAAAAAAAAAAAAAUUGCCUGGCAUUGGAUGGAUAAAGGAGAGAAGAAAAUAAAGAAUAACACAACACCCUGCGUAUAGGUCUUGCACAGAACCCAUGUCAGACUUGGGUUCCGAGCGCACCCUCUAUUCUUUCUAUGCGAGUGCGUAGGUGUGCAUUAACUAGUUUAAUCAACAAGACAUUUAGAGUGUAUUUAAACUGCAAUAUCUUUUUGUAGAAGUAAUAUUUGAAGCUUAUAUUUUGACUACAGUCUAGCAACAUAGAACACCUAACAUCAAGACCGUGAUAUAUUUUGGAGAUGAAAAUGAAUAAGAACAUCUAACUGUACCCAGUACCUCUGAUUUUUUGUGGAUGUACUUUAAAUCACAAAUUUGAUUCCCCAUCAUCAUUUUGUUUAUACAUGUACUUGUAAGAAAAUAAAUAUAUGUACAGUAUAAAAGAAA